AAAUCAUCAAAGCAACUAAUAUUUAUCCGGCUGUUAUUCUUACUAAUGCAGAUCUAGCAGUUGAUACUACAAUUCGUCAAGUAUUUACCACAACUUAUCCAAUUCACUGUGCCUAUAAUAUUACUCAGAAUUUACAUAAGAAUCAAAGAAAGCAAUGA